GCCAUAUUUUUAUUUUCACUCAAUUGCACUCUCUGACCAUCUGUUCCCCCUUCUUUUGUUUUCUUCUUCAUUUCCCCAUUUCUCUCUCUCAGUCUUUGUCUAUUCCUCCCACACACAGAGUAAGCAAAGCAAAACAAAGCUAUCUAAAAAGCUACCAUUGAAUCUAGUUAUGAGAAAAAGGCAACAAGGGAAAAGAUUUGUUGUUUAGAAUCUUUAGUUUUUUUGUUUUUAACAAUGGAAGGUAUCAAAGUUGUAGGGGUUGGAGGUGGAGGACGAGUUGGUGUUGGUGUUAAUGUUGUUGAAGACGACAUGGGAGAUGGUAUGCAGUGCAGUGAUCAUCCUUACAGAAACAAUCCAGGUGGGAUCUGUGCUUUUUGUCUUCAAGAAAAGCUCGGCAAGUUGGUUUCUUCAUCUUUUCCGUUACCUGUUCGUGGUUCUUCUUCUUCAUCUUCUUCUCCUUCUUUUAGAUCUGACAUUGGUGGUGUUGCCUCUUCUGUCAAUGGUGGUGUUACUGCUACUUCUUCUUCAGCUUCUCUUUCACUUUCUCUCUCUGUUCGUCCCACUCCCACCUCUAAAAGUAGUCGAAAUGAUAUUGCCAAUGAUCGUCAUUAUCAUCAAGAAUAUUAUACAAGGCGGGCCAGGAUCCCUUUUCUUUUAGCAAAAAAGAAGAAGAAAAUCAUGGUGGCAUCAUCAGAUCGUGCGGCGGAUAUUGUUUUCAAGAGAAGCAAGUCCACUGCUACUCCACGAAGAGGCCAUUUCUUAGAUGCUACUACUGAUGAUGGUGAAGAUUUUAGCCCCAGAAAGCGUGGGUUUUGGUCAUUUCUUUACCAUUCUUCUUCUUCUUCUUCAAGGUCAAACACCACAAAGAAAAUGGAUAAGAUCACAACAUUAACAUCAACUACCACAGAUGGUUCUCAUGUGAAGUCAAAAGAGAGAUGCUUGGGAUCUUCCCUUUCAAGGAAAAGUGAUAUUGUCAUUGAGGAAGAUGAUAGUCCCAACAGUCAAGCAACCGCCUCAGCUUCAUCUUUUGAGCGUAAAGUGUCAAGAUCCAGAUCUGUAGGAUGUGGAAGCAGGAGUUUUUCUGGGGAUUUUUUUGAAAGAAUCUCUACAGGUUUUGGAGACUGCACUCUCAGAAGAGUGGAGUCUCAAAGAGAAGGUAAACAAAAGGUGAACGCCACUUCAUCUCACAUGAAAGAAAGGGUUAAAUGUGGUGGGAUUUUUGGUGGGUUUAUCAUGACAUCUUCAUCUUCUUCAUCAUCUUCAUCAUCAUAUUGGGUUUCAUCCUCUGCAGAAGAUCAUGUGAAUGGGAAAUCAACAUCUGGUGCAUGCCAUCUUGCUCAUGGAAGAAGUAAAAGCUGGGUAUGGGCUUUUGCCAGUCCCAUGAGAGCUUUCAGCAAGCCCUCUUCUAAGGAUGGAAAAAGAGAUCAUAUCAUCAGAGAAGCUGCAAAUAAAAACACUACCCCAAAUUUAGCAGCCAUUCCUUCAUUGUUGGCUGUGAGAAGUUAAAGAUUACAAAUUUGGGGUCUUGGGAUAUACAUUAUAUUUGGAUAAUUUAUAUUUUAUUACCUGUUUAAUUCUCUGUGUUUAUUAAGUUCAUCAUCAGUAGUACUACACUUUUUUUUUCUAUUUUUCUCUUUUGUAAUUGCUUUGUUCUUCUAUUUGCCAAUUGUGUUUCCUUUUAGAUAUUCGCCUGGUCUUUUUUCCACCAUUAUUGGUGGGUUGAGAUCAGCUAAGCUUAGCUAGCAUGCACUGAUGGAAUACUACUACCAGAAUCCCAAAGUGAAUCUUGCAGGGUGGCAUGAUGAACUGGUUGAAUGUGGAAGGAGCAGAUUUAUUAUUAUGUUGACUAGUCUCAUUAUGUUGUUUGUGACUUGCUUGGUGGGGUUUUGUUAUCAAUCUGUAUUCUUUAAUCUUUCUAGUGUUUAUUUUGUAACUUGUAUCUUGGAUGUUAUGCCAAAGAAACGUGUUAUUCUAAUA